CGUCGAGUGCAACAAAUGACUGCCCUCCGACAGCCGACGCGCCAAAGCUGAGACGGGUCCGUGCGCCAGCGACCGUCGUCCGGCCGCCGCCCGUCACCCACAAGGUCAAACAACACGCAUCACCUGGCUGUUUCUGGACUCUUGAAACAGAUCUCAUCGACGGCCGGGCACUUUUAUCAGUCUCAGGGCAGAGCACAGUCUCUAUUCAAUUUCAUCACGGUCAAAGUAUGCUCAAAAUUGAUUCGACCCCUGUCUCAAACAGACAAAGUCUUGUCUCGGUUUCAGAAGGGCUGAAACACGCCCCGAGCGGGCAUUUGGCCCUCCUCCCACUUAGUGGCUCUCGGUGGAUCUCAGGGACUCCUUCAUGGCCCGCACCGACGGUGGUAGCGAAGCUGGUCCAUCUAAUCAAAAUCCCCAAUCAAUCCGCAACGAGCCAUCUCAUUCGCUCCCUGCAAAAUAAGCAUCUCACACUCUGCCACUCAUCCCAAAAAGAAAGCCCCCAUCAUCUGGCCCCUUUCGUCGAUGGCUUGCCCCUUUCCUCCGUCGGCCCCUGAGGCCGCUGAAAAUCCAGCCGUUGUGGCGCUAACAAUGCGAAUCGUGGGUCGCGUGAGAGACUAGCAGCGCCGUGUUUCUGUGCGACGAGGGGCCCAUUAAUCUCGAGCCGGGCUGAUAUCAGGCCCCUUUCUUUAUUUUUCGCCCACUGGUCGUUGCAGCGCUGCUGUUGGUUCAUUUCAGCUGGUUCGGCUCCGGCCCAGACUAGACCAGACCAGACCAGACGUGCCUGACACAAGAAGCUGGCAUUGCCAUUACCAUUGGUAGAAGGUCACGAUGACUGGAUCUAAACGGGCGCGCAUUGGGGGGAGAUGCUCGAGCGCAAGAGCACUCUGAUACGACCAUCAAUGAAUUAGCGGCAUUUCAGACUGACUUAAUUAUAAGCCCAAUCAAUGGCAAUAUCGACAUUGACACGUUGUCUCAUGUACACAGCUUGGCGUAAUCGCAUCCCCACUCAACCGACGAUAUCGCCCGGCGCCACUCCUGCUGGUCCUGCAAAGCCAUUUUCAUUUAAAUUGCCAGCGUUCCCUCUGCUCGCGCGAACCUUCGCGGGUUGUUUCUGAUUUGACUCCGCAUCGAGGCCUUCUGGAAGGCCGUCCAUUCCUUUGAAAGAUCCGAGAUCUGUAUUUGCAUGACGAAUUUGGUUUAUCAGACUUUCCAACCAUUACAUUAUUUCUACGUGAUCGACCUACGAAAGUACUUACUAUUAAGCGCUCGGAAUCCCAGAGAGAUGGCGAGGGCUACGACGGCUGUCAAGUCCCGCACGACACCAGAUACGGAUGCGAUAUCAUUCCCCGUCUUGACCUACGCCGAUGCAUUGCCACGAGACGAUCUUCGCGAUAUCAAUAGUAAAGGUUCCGUGCAAGUAUCAAAGCACGGGAAAGUGGCACAAUCCGAGUGGCCUCGUCCUAGGAAUACCGAUGGACAUGGAGACAGAAAACCGACCCCGGGCGCAGCCAUGGCGUCCUCGUUCGACUUUCGAGUAACGGCACCACCAGACGAGGUCUUCCCUUCGAAUGCAGGUGCCAAUGGCAGUCCCGGCGGUAUACCAAGAAUAGGCGUUGCUCUUGGAAGUCCCAGCAUGCUCGACUCUCGCGACAAUCUACCGCCUCCACGAUUCAAUACCGAAAUCUUUUCACAUGACCGGGUCGAUCAGCCACCGCUGCCGCGUAAGUCGAGCAAAUGGAAGAAGAUUGGCGGACUUUUCAAAGCCAAGAGUGCGCUGGCAAUGCCUAUGGACGAGCCCAAGAUUCCUCCGAAACAGCAUGCGCUCAAGCAGAAGGGUGAACAAAGCAGCAAGCCAACGCAACGACGGGGUUCAAACGAAGAAUGGCCAAAGAUCGAAGUCGAUUCCACUGCCGCCCCAGCUGGACCCAACACAAGUCCACAGCGAAGUCGCAAGCUUUCGCUGUCCGGGAAGAAGUCUGACAAGCCUCAACCCCCAGAGAAGGGCGGAAAAAGUCAUCUGCUCGAUAUUGAUAUUCCCGAUGUACAAAUGGAGCGCUACAGUGUGAUGUUCAGUCAAGUAAUGAGCAAAAACCAGAGACCCUCUCUGCUGGCCAGGAGGAGCAAGACUCUGGACAACUUGCGCAUGCCAAAUAAUCAGGACUUUCUUGCUGCAAAGUUACCUCCGGUUCCUCAACGUCGUGCAACCUCGCCAGCACGGUCUAGUUUUACUUUGUUCCCGGCUUCCCAACCUUCCAAAGCGUCACAGCUUCUCGCAACACAGAACUUCUCCCGUGGUCCAAGUCCGCUGUUGAGGUCGAAUACUCUGCCUGUUGAGAGUCCAUCCAAGGAAUCCAUGGACCAGACCCGGGCGACGUCAAAUAUGAAUGUGACUUCACCAUUCGACUCGCCGGUGGUUCCAAAUGUAUUCGCUUCGCAUUGCAGUACACCACGAUCGUCCCUUGAUAAACCAUUACCUGCCAUUAAACCCGAGCCACAGGCGCAUCAGUCGCGUGCACGGACGGCAUCAAAACUUGCGGUUGCUCAAGUACCGAAAGAAGCCACGGAAGCUAAAGGAAAAGAAGCGGCCGAACCUGCGCCUCCGUCAGCCAAGCCACCGGUACUCACUCCGAACAUGCAGGUUUCCGAGUCACCGCGAAGCUCUCCCAACUCUCGAAUGGAAGCGAAGCCAUUUGUGCCCACAGGGAAUAAUCGACGACGAUCAUCCAGCCUGGCAAUUCCUCACUCACGUGCGGAGCGGCAACUGGACCAGAAACCGACAGAAGCAAGCACCGUACUGCAAAAUCGACCGUCACCGCUACCAGUAUUGCAAGCUCCAAAGCCGGUUUAUAAAGAGCGAAAGUCUUCUCUGCAGGCGCCUAGGUCGCAUACCCGUCCACCUAUUCAAGCACCUAUUAAGCUGAGGGCAGGCCCGCAGGCUGCUCAGCAGAGGGAACGAACACAACCUCAGGAGAGACCGCAACAAGCGCCAGAUGUCCGCCCUCCUCGUCCAAAUCUGAGAAUUCAAACCAAGCAACAAACCCGUCCGCGGCCCCCAGCCAAAUCCGGAUCAUCAUCAUCCUCCACACUCCUUUCAAGCACACCACCAACCAGCACACUCCCUACACCAAACCUAUCAAAGGACAGCCUCCACCGAACACCCUCACCCAUCAUCCGAUCCCUCAGCCCGCAAUCGGGUAUCUCCCCAGGCGGAUCAUCCCCCCGAAUGCCAUUCGUCUCCGAGCCCGAAGAAAUCGAAGUUGAGCUCGACAUGCCCCUCGACGCAAAAGCACCCGCCGAACCCGCGAGCAAAAUCCCCACCAUCGAAAUCUCAAUAGCACGCUCGAUAUCUGUCUCUCGGGGGAAGCGCCAAAUGCUCGUUCCGAUAGCCGCAAGAGUCGAUCAUCUUCAUUCAAAUGAGCGGUUUAUCGAGCGGAGGCCGAUGACGCCGCGGAUUACGGACGUGACCUAUGGGCAUAAACAUGCCGUGUCGCAGGAGUUGCAGAUUGAAUCUCUUUGAGACUGGACUGGUUCACCACGUCUCUCUUUAUUUACGUUCUUUUUUUCCCAUUCCCCAUUCGUUUUCGGUAGUCCUACUCGAGCGCCAUUUUUCUCAUUCCUUUGCAUUUGGGUUGGGGUUUAUGUGAUUGUGUCGCUUCAUUCUAUGUAUUUAAUCCAUGCUCUUAACGAAGAACUAUCUUCUCAAUAUCUCUGCUUCAAUGGCGCGUUCGGCU